GCGGGCGAGAGGCGGCCGCUGCGCCGGGCAGCGCGGGCGGGGGACAGCGGUGCCGGAAAGCGGCAGCUGUGGGGGGGGACGGCAGCGCUGGGUUGGCUCCCUGCCCCCCUUCCCCCUCCCGGCCGGAGGAAGAUGGAGCUCGGUUAGCGAGGGCUCGCGGGAGGAGCGGCGGGAGCAGAUAAAACAGUGAAGUCUUUAACUGCUCCAGAAGAAGAGGAUCCGGAAGGAAAAUGUCUCUGGCAAAGAAGUAUCAGGCACAUGAUACUGCAGAGAUUCAAAAUCAGAAGUAAAUCAACUGGACAGUUGCCUCCUGCCUUCCUAAAUAGGCAAGCAUAUUAGCAACAGAAGAAGGGGCCUACCUACCUCAUUCCUAGAGAAGGUGGGUUUGCUACUGUGGAUGCCUGCCUCGUUUGCUUCACCAAAAUGAUUUAGGGCAUGCAGGAGAGAAGGGAGACUUUUGUAAGCAGAGCCUAUCAUGAUUUCUCAGGGGACAAAAUUUUGCUUAUUCAUACCUUUUACUGUGGCAAAAAUGGAUUCUUUUCCUCACCAAAACCCAGCAGCAUAACACCCAUCCAACACCUGCCUCAAGGAACUCUUAUUUAAAGUCCAUUUUUAUUUCCCUGUAGCUGUGGUGCAAGCAGGAACCAACCAACAUCAUCUGCUGCCAGUAGAAAAUCUCCAUGCCAGACCUUACCCUUGGCACGAGAUGGAGACCUUUUAGCCAGCCAGUGAGUCCAACUUCUGCUGCAUGUCUGGCAGCACCUCUGAAUGAUCACAUGACUCUUGAUAUGGAUGCAGUCCUGUCAGACUUUGUUCGGUCCACAGGGGCAGAACCAGGUCUGGCCAGAGACUUACUAGAAGGCAAGAACUGGGACCUGACAGCAGCUUUGAACGACUAUGAGCAGCUACGGCAGGUGCACACGGCCAACCUGCCCCAGGUGUUCAACGAGGGCAGGUUUUACAAGCAGCCGGAGCCAGAGCAGCCUCCCCAGGUGACCAAGGCUGAGAGGCCCUGCCUGCAAAGGCAGGAUGACAUUGCCCAAGAAAAGCGUCUCUCCAGAGGGAUUUCCCAUGCCAGCUCAGCCAUAGUGUCCCUUGCUCGCUCCCAUGUAGCCAAUGACUGCAGCAAUGAGCAGUUCCCUUUGGAGAUGCCCAUCUACACAUUCCAGCUGCCCGACCUGAGCGUGUACAGCGAGGACUUCAGGAGCUUCAUUGAGAGGGACCUAAUUGAGCAGGCCACCAUGGUGGCAUUGGAGCAAGCAGGACGCCUCAAUUGGUGGUCCACGGUGUGCACCAGCUGCAAGCGCCUGCUGCCCCUGGCCACCACAGGCGAUGGAAACUGCCUCCUGCAUGCUGCCUCUCUAGGGAUGUGGGGAUUUCACGACCGGGACCUUGUGUUACGGAAAGCUCUCUAUACUAUGAUGAGGAGUGGAGCUGAAAGGGAAGCACUGAAAAGAAGAUGGAGAUGGCAACAGACUCAGCAGAAUAAGGAGUCAGGUUUGGUAUACACGGAGGAGGAGUGGGAGCGCGAGUGGAACGAGCUGCUCAAGCUGGCGUCGAGCGAGCCGCGCACGCACUUCAGCAAGAACGGGGGCACUGGUGGCGGGGUGGACAAUGCAGAAGAUCCAGUGUAUGAGAGCUUGGAAGAAUUCCAUGUUUUUGUCUUAGCCCACAUCUUGAGAAGACCGAUUGUUGUAGUAGCAGACACAAUGUUACGAGACUCAGGGGGAGAAGCAUUUGCACCAAUACCAUUUGGAGGAAUUUAUUUGCCACUUGAAGUUCUGCCAAACAGAUGCCAUUGCUCACCUCUUGUGCUGGCCUAUGAUCAGGCCCAUUUCUCUGCUCUUGUCUCCAUGGAACAAAAAGACCAACAGAGAGAACAAGCGGUGAUCCCCCUGACUGACUCUGAACACAAGUUACUGCCUUUGCACUUUGCGGUCGAUCCUGGCAAAGACUGGGAGUGGGGAAAAGAUGACAAUGAUAACACCAGACUGGCCAAUUUGAUUCUGUCUCUUGAGGCAAAGCUUAAUCUUCUGCACAGCUACAUGAAUGUAACCUGGAUCCGCAUCCCCUCUGAGACACGGCAGGCCCCUUUGGCUCAACCAGAAUCCCCUACAGCUUCUGCUGGAGAAGAUGUGCAGUCUCUGGCUGACUCCAUGGACUCAGACCGAGAGUCCAUCUGUAGUAAUUCCAAUGGCAAUAACGGCAAAAACGGUAAAGAAAAAGAAAAGGACAAACAAAGGAAAGAUAAAGACAAAACCAGGACGGAUUCAGUUGCCAAUAAAAUAGGAAGCCUCAGUAAAACCCUGGGAAUUAAACUGAAAAAGAACAUGGGUGGUCUUGGAGGUUUGGUGCACGGGAAGAUGAGCAGAGCCAAUUCAGGGAAUGGAAAAAAUGGUGACACCGUAGAGAAACUCAAAGAGAAGAAGUCCAAGUCUCGCAAAGGGAGCAAAGAGGAAUCUGGACAGUCUGCGAGCACGUCUCCGUCAGAGAAGACCACUCCAUCUCCGACUGACAGAGCCAGCAGCUCCCCCACUGAAAAGGUGAACACUAAACCCUUUUCUGACAAGCAGUCUGACCCAUGGAAGUACAGCACAGACGUGAAACUCAGCCUAAAUAUUUUGAGAGCUGCCAUGCAGGGUGAACGAAAGUUUAUUUUUGCUGGCCUUCUUUUGACCAGUCACAGGCAUCAGUUCCACGAGGAGAUGAUCGGCUAUUACUUGACCAGUGCCCAGGAGCGAUUCAAUGCAGAACAGGAACAGAAAAGAAAGGAAGCUGAGAAAAAGGCUGCGCUGAAUGGCUCCUCUAGUAGGAAACUGGAGCCAGAGGCAUUUUCAAAAGAAAAGUUAGAACCAUCUCCUCAGGAUAGGGCAUCACCCGUCUUACCUCAAAGCCAUACGACCCAACUGGUUUUAAAGUUUAAAGACCGCACUAGUCCCACUCCCGGGUCCUUUUCUUCACCCAGCAACGGUGCCAAGAGAAGCGGCCCCAUCCCGGUGUCUGCCCACUAUAGCCAUACCCCCCCCGUUCAAAGGCAAAGUGUCAUCCAUUUGCAUGACGUCAACUCCAAGCCAUCGAGCUUCCAGGAUGAUACCUACAAGCCAGUGGUUGGCACCCUGAAAACCUGUGCCACCUACCCCCAGCAGAACAGGUCGCUGUCCUCACAGAGCUACAGCCCCGCACGGCUGCCUGGGAUGCGCACGGUGAACACGGUGGAGUCGCUGAGCUACGCCAGGCCGGCCGAACACAAGUCCCAGACCUACACCAAUGGCUUCAACACCGGGGACGUCAGAGACUGCUUGGAGUACGCUGACGAGGACGCUCCUCAGAGCUGGCUGAACAACGACAAAAACCAAGGCAGAAGCACAGUUUGCCCAAUAUAUUCCAUCCAGCAAAACCGCUGUAAGAAGGAGAACUGUUCCUUUUAUGGUCGUCCUGAGACUGAAAAUUACUGUUCCUACUGCUACAAAGAGGAGUUAAAGCGCAGGGAGAGGGACAGCAAGGGACACAGGCAUUGAGGAUUCUUCCAUGACUACUUAGUUUUACCAUUUUCUUACUUACAAAGUAAACAGUGUUGGAUUGCAGUAAAAGGAAUCCUUAAAGAAUAAAGGAUUGAUGAGUAAAUAGUGUCUAGCUCUUCGCUUUUCUGGGGCAAUGAGGAAAUAAUAGGAAUAAUUUAUCAUAAAAAUAUUAUUUUCCAUUUUGUCAGUGUCUUUUUUACAUGUACUGGUAAGCUGAAGGGUUGUUUACUCCUUUGUCAGUGCAGUGUAUAUGUUUGGUCAAAAGUUUACUAAUGGUGCCUGAAUUUACACUGACAUCACUCAGGUAGUAGAAAGAUAGGGGAACGUCAUACUAGUGAAGAUGUUGUGUUGUAGUAGGGUAGUAUCUGCCUUGCAGACAUUUGAACUUCUAUAGGUAUAGAGUAUUUUUUCCUUAGUAAAACCUAAAUUUUUCAUAGCCUUUUUUUUUAGGAGGGUAGGGAUUUUGCAUACUGCACAUUUUUAACAUGGCAGCAUAUUGCAUUGCUACUAAUGUUUGUAUAUUUCAGUCUGAAAUGGAAUGAUUUGAGAAAAAUGGGAGUGAAAGGUCUGAAUUCAUGAGGGCUGUAGGUCAUCUUAAUUUUCAGUUCUUACCAAUUAUUUCUAAAUUUUCAUUGAAAAAAAAAGUAGAUUUGAGCCACUUUUUUUUUGCACUGAGUUUUUAAAGAGGUUUUAUAAGAAAAUUCAAUAUGACUUCAUGUCCCCAAGCCCCCACACCAUAUAGUUCUGCACACCUGAAUUUCAGAAGUAUUUCCGUUGAUGUUAAAAUACAGGAAAAUAUUACAAUAAAAUAUUUUUAAAAAUUACUAGGUAUGGAAAAUUUGAUGACCAGCUAGGAAAUUUAGGACCAUUUUAGACUCCAACUGCUUGCCAAAACCAAUGCAAUGCAUCAAGUUAUUGCCUUAGCUAGUGCAUGAACCUAAUCAUUAUUUACUUAUUCCUUUUGAACAUUAUUGAGUGAUAAUUAUUGCAAGUGUAACUACUUGAGCCUUUCUUGAAGACUGUUGGCUCCUCCUCUUUUCAAGUCUCCUAGAGUGAGUCACCUCCCCCCCAGGAGGCUCCCAGAUGGCUGUAAAAUGCCUCCAGCAGGAAUGGCAGCUCCUUGCACAGAUUUGCACAAGUCUGAGAUCCAAAUAUUUACAUGUUUGCAAUACUUCUGAAAAUAAAACUUUGCUCACAGAAGCAUUUCUGCAAAGCAGACACUGCAGAUACUGUUGAAGUAGAUGGAUGCCAUGAGGAAGUUUUCUGGGAUACAGCUCUGGGUUUGCACCCCUCCUCCAUCAGCUGGCAGAAUGCCGAACAGGAGCUCUUUGGUGUUACCCUUGUGAACAAUGGCUCAUUUUAAGAGCCAAUUCUGCAUAACAGGUGAAAGUACUGCCUUGAGGGCUGCUGACUCUGCCACCUCAAGGUGCAGAACAGUUGUUCUGCCUUCCUCAUUAGGGAAUGACACUUUUCUGGCCCACACAGGAAAGAUUCUUUGCCAAAGAGUCUCCAUUUCUGAUUAUUUGCUUGUUGCAGCCCAAUUUUAAUUCUUGACAAUGGUGGCACCGUUGCAUACAGUUAAUCCUAGUUAACCCUGAAACCAAGUCCCCUGUGAAACAAGAUACACAAACUUCUGCUGCUGUGUCCUGGCUUUCAGAAAAAGCAUGUGAGCUUUUCCAGUGUCCCAGACUGGUAGAACUGAGAACAUACUUAAAAUUGACCAUAUUUUUAGGUUUUCUGCUGAAUGGGAGUUUUCAAAAUAAGUCCCUUGAUCCCUCGUAUAAAAAGUUAGGGUCUUUGCCAUGUUAGCUGUUCCAUGAAUCCAGACCUGUACUUUGUACUUCUUACUGUAUACUAAGCAUACACUGAAUCUUACUGAACUUGCAUUCCUUCAUGAAAGGGAAAUAUUGGUAUUUGUUAAAGCUCCAUGUGACUUCUGUCCUUGAGGUAAGCACCUUCCAAAUCCCAUGUCUCCUGUUGCAUACACUGGUAAGCAGUGUCCUGUUUUGCUUUGCUGUUGUGAUUAUUACAUUUAAGUUCUAAUUGUCAAAGAAAACUGGGAUUGCAAAUUAUUCUAAAACAAGCCAGACCAUGUUAAAAGAAAUUCAGUAUUAUACCUGAUUGUAUUUGUUGCUGAGACUGAGAAAACUGGCAGGAUAAGACUUCAAGAAAAACAGAAAUAUUUAAGGAUUCUUAGGGCAUUAGAGUAGCAGAACUGUGUGAUACUCUAAGAAUCAUUUCUGUGUAAAGUUGUCCUUAAGAAAUAUUACAUUAGCAGCAAACCACACCAGCCCAUGUGCUUAAGCGAGUUACAUCUGUUCUGAAUGAGGAAAAAAGCAGUACAUGUGUAAAAAUAAGCAAUUACCAUGAGAUUUUGCUGUUUCCCAUUUUCACAGGACUUGUUUCUAUAUUAUGUUUUUAAGAUCUUCUCAUAAAAGAAAGAGAUUUGCAACCGGUCAGCAUUUAGGUAUAAUUUACUCUGUUCUGAUUUAUUUCAUGCAUUGUGCUUGCGUGUUAGAUUAUUUUGAAAAAUUAGUCGGUCUUGUCUGUUUGGGAUACCAAACCUGAGUGUUCAUUAUCAUCCUCAGGACACUCAGAUAUUUCAAUAACUAUUUACCUCUAUAGGAUUGCUCACUUUAAAAUAUCUGUUGUAUGAAAUACUGACAGAACCCUUUUUAGUUGUGCCUAUUUCCUUAGAAUCUUUUUGUUGGGAUACCUUUGAAUAAUUUUCUAAUUGCUGUUUCCUUUUAGAAUUCUCUUCAAACAUUAUUUCUGUUUCUGGGCUAUUUGUGGCAGCUGUGCCAUAGCUGUCAUUAAACAGACCAAACAUGCAGAAACUGUGCCCUCCUCCUGAAGAAGUGUUGUUCCAUUAAAAGAAGACUGUAACUAUAGAAGAAAAUUUUCUACCUAUUUUUUUAGAGAGAAUUCCCAAUUGCUUGUGAGUUGCAUUCACCAGGGCUGAAAGACAUUGUGCCAUUCCUUAGCUACAUGCUAGAGGUAAUUAUCUUUGGAUGUAUUUUUCUGUUGUACUGUAUGCUAACCUCUCAGCGCUCUUUUGCGUUAUUUUUCCUGACAAUUGGAAGUGUUUGCAGCCCACAGACCAGCCAGCCCUGUGCCUGAUAUGCUCUCCCUACACCCUCCAGAGCUGUAGAGUUCCCACAUAGUCCCAGAUAUGGAGAAAUCAGCUUUGCUUUGGGGGGAUCCUACUCAUUCCUUCUGUUAGCCCGACUGGCUGCAAUGCACACGUGUAUUUUUGCAUUUGUAUGUGCUUUCCCCCCCUCUCUUCUUGAUAUUGAUUCAGCGUUUGUCACUGCAGUCCAGAUUUCGGAAGUACAGAGUAAAUACUGGGUAGGCUACACCUUCCCAGAUGGAUCACCAGGAAAUAUUUAGGUUGGAGGAAGCUGGAAUUCUUUUAAAGUGUGAAUGUGCAAUUUUUCUAAUUUAAAAAAGGCUUAAACCUAUUAUGCAAUUUUGUUUUUACUUUGUUCUAAACUCUGAUGCAAAUGUCUGUUUGCAACAGAGGAUACCUGUGAUACAUAAUGGGUUUCAGUCAUGCUUUAUAUUAAAGUUUCAUUUUAAAUUAUUAAUACAGAGUUAAUAAACCACUGUUAGAGUUUACUAAUAUAUUUUCAGAGGUGGGUGUCCGUUGUAGCAUAUGGCUAACAAGCAGCUCAUUCAGAAGAAGAUUUUGUAGAUUAUCAAAAGUAACUUCAGAUUUUGGAUUUUUAAAGAAUUGGUGAACCUUUUGUUCUAUAAAUACAAUGGCAAUAUUGUCCCAGCUUUCUUUAGCAAUUAGUUGCUUCUUCCUGAAUCAAAAGUAACAUGAGGAGCAUCAGUAAAAGAAAGGUGCUGUACUUGGAAAGCUUUGUGUUGCUGGUACCCUAGAAGCCUAAGCAGGCCGAGCGGAGCGUUCGGGGUGUUAGUGGGGCUGGGAGCUGAGGCGUGAGCAGAGCAGCGCGGCCCAGAGGGCGCUGAGCACGCUGCCCAGGACCUGGCCCAGCCGGCUGCAGGGCCCGGAGGGCUGCUCCUCAACGUGCAGGUAUCAAAACACAGCACAGAGCUGACAAACACUGCCCUCCACCUCCCCUCUCUGACACAGCCACACUGGUGCUCACCUUCACCAAUGGGACUGCUCUCCCUGACAGCAAGCAGGCUGCUUCUCUUCAGAAACUCUCAGCAAGUGUUACACAAGAAAUGUUUUUGAUGGAGGCCUCAGCCUUUGGCAGUGCCUGCUCCCCACAGGCUGCCUACCUUCCUCUUCCAAGGAGACAGUGGAUGAGAAUUCUGCCUGAGGAGUAGAGAGAAACCCUAGGUCUGUUUGGGCUACCUUUGCUGUCCUCUGCAGUGCGUGGACAGAAUCCCAUUAGCAGUGGGGGCCUUAAACCAGGUGCUUCAUUGACAUGUAAAACAUUGCAAACUGGCUAGUAAGGGAGUACGAUCUUCAUAGCACUGUGUUUUGCACAGGUGAAAACCCAUAUGUUCAUAGAAACCACAAUGAUCUCAGAUAAACAUAAGUCCAGAGAGGCAAAGUAACUGAUGCUGAUUGUAGAUGGCGUUUUAGCUUAGUGUAUUUUAAGUCUCUGUCAGUGUAUUUGAAGAAUAUUUGUUUUAGGGAAUGGCAGCUUAUGUGGAGGAUCACCAAACUAUAGCAUAGAAAUGAAAUUAUUUCAGUAACAGACACUAAUAUCUAUUUUAAUUUGCACAUGGAUUUCCAGUGUAUAUGACUAAAAUAUUAUAUUGUUAAAAAUGAGAGGAAAACAACACAAAGGUGUUUGUAAGUAUGUUCUAUUUCUAGACUUAAGGCUGUAUUAUGUUGGAAUUCUACAAGCCAAGUUUAAAUUGUAAUAUAGAAAUUAUUUUUAUAUUAUUUUCAAAAUAUGCUACAGAGCAAUAUUUUGCGCCUUUAUUAUAAACAGGGUCAUCAUUUUAGUGGGUUACUUUCAGAAAUGCUGGUAGAAAUUAACCAUGAAAAGAAAGCUUUGUAAAUGUACUUGUUUUUAACUGCUCUGUCUGUUGUGCACAUUGUAUCUAAUACGAGUUGAAUAUACUUUUUUUUUUUUUCAAUUGAAAAGCUUUAAAUUUUUCUUUAUAUAUUUUGGUACAACACUGUUCCUCUCUAUUUAAUUCUCUUCCAACCCUAGCUAAUAUCCACUUUUAUAAGAAGCUUCUGAAUAACAUGCAUCUGGAAAAUUUCCUUACCAAGUGUGAAACAUUUCUGCAUAGGUAUUGAUUGACUUGGGACAUUCAUAAUACACCCUGAACCCAUUGGAGUAGGAUUCAUUUGGGUUUUUUUUAAAGAGAAUCAGCUAUUUAUUAUUCCUUCAGAAUGAAAGUCAAGAAUGAAUGCAACCAUUUAGCAUCUGGAAUAAAAAAAUCACUCUAGAUCAUGGAAAUGUCAUCCCUAACUGGCAGGUACAUCCUCUUAAUAUGUAUCAAGUAGGCAUUAGCUUCUUGCAGAUUGAAGUGUUCAGAUUUUAUUUCUUCACAGUUCUUUUUACUGUACAUAUUAAUUACUGAUGAACUGUGCAAAGAAAAAGACUUCACAAACUAAUGCCUAUGUUAAAUUAGAAGUCUGUGUAGUUUUUAAAAUUCCCUAACUUUUUUGGUUUAGUUUGUUGGGAUUUGUUUGUUUAAGAAUUACUAUUAAGGUAUUUACUGCAACCAAAAUUUUCAAACCUGGAUGUGCAUCUGGGUUUCUCCUGAUCAAUAGACUGGUUUUAAGGUGUACUGAGCAUCAGUUUGUGUAGCAGGAAAAGCUCCCUCUUGGUUUCAGAAAAUCAAUUGAGUGUUACUCAAACACAUAUUCAGGUCUUUUCCUCAUUAGCACUCUACACUACUUUUCAGUCAGUGGAAUUUACAUUUUAUCUUUAGUGUUCUUCCAUGUGGGAACAAAUAAUUGGGCUUACUCAUAAAAUGAUUGUUUGAGUAUGGAGAGACUUGCCUUGUACCAAAACACCACAUAAUUGUUUAACUGUUGCGUUCUUAAUGGGGCUCUUGUAUUCCACUGCCGGGGUGGGGAAAUAAGACCUUAUUUUUUCCUUGGGUAUCGUGAUCCUGUUCUUUGUCUGGUUGGGUUAUUCCUCUGAAGUGAAUAAGCUGUUCUGAUUGCUGUUUUCUGAUGGUUUAUCUCCCAUUACCUGAAUGCCUGUACUGUACCAAGAGAAUUGAAAUGGCUGAUGCACAUUUGCACUGUGGAACAGGCCAUGUGGGUUAAAGCCACCGUGUUCCAAACAGCCUUAAAAUUAUGACUCUCUGGGGACUGAGAGUCACUUAACUGGAUGCAGCCUCUGUCCUACUUUCUCAUUGAACCAUGACUGUAAAACUUUCAAGUCUGCUGUAAUCUGUGUGUCUCUAGACAUAUUUAUCUGAAUACCCUGUAAUCUUAACAGAAAAUUUUCUUUAAAAUACUGUGCUUCUUUGAUGAGUGUUAAUGUGUUAGGAAACUAGUCAAAAGAGGAGAUGUAGUAAAACCAGAGAAAUUACCAUGGCUAGUGGAGGAACCAGGGCACCAAAAUACUAAAAAGGGGGAAAUUAUUAACAUGUAUCAAAGCCUAUCUCCUAUCAACAUUAUAUGUUUUGUAGAUCUCCCUAUAUUCUGGGAAAACAGAGAAAUGUUUUUGCCAUUCAUCUCUGCAUCUAAUGGAGCCUCUUACUUUGUUGCAGAGGUUUGCUCUUGGGAAAGACAAGAGAAAAGGAAGUAGUCUUCCCUUCUUAAAGCAAAUUCUAGAGGCAGAAUCAUCUGAGAUUGCAAAAAUAUGAUCCAAUGUUGGAACUGAAUAGUGCCUAACUCUUACGUGCAUUCUGUAUUUAAUUUCCAUUUUGCCCCUUUGAAACACCAUUUCUUUAGAAAAAGAAGGAUGGGGAAGUUAAGAGACUAAGUUUGUAUGCUAAUGAUCCAGUUCUUCCUUCUUUCACAUGUGGAAUCUAUAUAAACAUGAGAAGAGUUACACUAGAGUUGCACUUACCCUGCUGAGAGGUAAAAGCCACCAAAUAGGUAAAUUCCAAGAAAUUGCGUUGCCACAGAAUAAAAUGGAACCUUUGCAGGUAAAUUCCAAGAAAUUGCGUUGCCACAGAAUAAAAUGGAACCUUUGCCUGAUGAAGGCUGACAGCAUGUCAGCAGCCUGAGAGCCAUGGCUGCCAUAGCUGAAACAGCAGCUCUUGGUCAUUCUUGCCUUUAACACAGGUGCAGUUCACUCUGGCCCACGGUGUCUGAACAGUAUCUUUGUAGUAAAGAUGAAGUGGAACACUGCCUUGCUGCCAUUUGCUUCCAGGUUGGAGUAACAAAAAGCCUCUUCCCCAUGCUUUUGGUUAAAAUAUGCAGGAGAUGCAGCAGCAGAAUGUGGCAUCUCACGCUCAGAGAAUGCCCCACAUCUCCUUUAAAUGGGCUUUGCAAUCAGGUAUGAAUUGAAACACAGCCAUGUGGGCAUCACAGAAGCGCUCUCAUCUCUCAACUUUGAAAAUUGUGUGCACUUUAAAUACUAACAAAAAUGGAGCAAUGGUUUUAUUGUUUAUUUGCUCAAGAUUCUGAGUAGUGUAAAUACAGUCUUUGUAUAAUGCACAGUGUGUGUACAGUACAGAAGUGCUUUUCCCUCAGAGCCACCGGAGAGUUUUGCAUGCACACGGUGCCCAACUCUGCCCACUCACCCUAACCAAGGGGAACAAACAGGAUUUAGGCCUAGACUAAAAAUAAUGGAUGAAAUUAGCCACAUAGACCUAAACAGCUGCGAGUUCCCAACCAAAAUGUUCUAGGCCAGUUUUGACAACUUUGUACAAAACUCCAUCCCAAUGACUGAGAUUAGGUUUGUGCUCUUUCCUGGGGAGAAGCAAUUACUUCUGUGUCUUUUCCAAGCCCAUUGCUCUUAGUCUCUAACUCCUGUGUUUGUAAUGUGCCAGGCUUAGCAUGAUUCAGCUAGGAAGCAGUUUUUAAAAUCUCCAUAGAGCUCUUGUUUUCUUUUUGGAAUCCAUCUCAAGUUUUACUUUGCAUUUAAUUUUAAGACAUAAAAUAUUAUGAACUUUUCAUAAUGCCUUGAAUUUGUCUCUUGUGGGGCUGAAAGACUUUGUUCUCCUUGGGAGGCCUUGUUCUUCUUCCUUGAGUCUUGUGACUAACACUUUUGUAUGGAAAAAGUUGAAUGAACCAUUGAAAGUAUCUCUGCUGUUUACAUGUACUUCUGCUUGGUACACAGUGUGUUGUUAAAACCCAAUGCCUCUCAGACAUGGGCAAAGCUUGAAGGACAGUCUGAAGUACUAGAUGCAAAAGGUAUAUGUAGUUAAUUCAUCAGAACUCCACUGUUGCUAUUAUAGAAUAUGCCGCCCCCCCAUUGUUUGUACAUCUUUUUCCCUAUUGCUAACUUUUGUUUAAGCUUCUGUUUACUUAGACAAAUUCUAAAGCUCUUUGUCCUUAAAGCCUAUGAUAGAUUUUCCAGUAAAGAUUUGGUUGCUGUUCAGGUUGCAUAUAGAGUAGCUUGUCUCCCAAACAAGAAUUAAGGUAACAGAUGUUGCACCCUUGGCUUAAAAAAGUAUUUUUACUCAUUAACUGAGAGUCUCUGUUCAAUUAUAACCAAAGCUAAUUAUAUAAACUUUAAAGUGUCAGGACUGGUAAUGUGACUCUAUCUAAUAACCUGACCAAGUCAGCGCUUUUAACCCAUAAAAAUGUACAAUAAAUAUAUUUGUAUUUGAAGUCUAUUUCAAAGAAAGUAGUUGGCUCUCACUGGGGCUUAAGAAAAUGUUAAUAAAGAAUAAAGUAAGUCUCAUUGAUUUUGGUUGGCUGAGAAUUCAACUUCUUCAUAGUCUUACCACUCUUCUCAUUUUUCAGAGUCUGAGUUUCUUGUUGCCUUCUAUAAGUUUAUACUCUUUUAGCAAAUAUUGACUUAGGCUUUCAAUAAACUAUAUAAUAGAAAUUACAGAAAUUUAUUUAUAGCUGAAAUUACUCUUCAGGUUUUUUGUUUGAUCAUUUUCAUACAAAAAUGAAUGAAUUUUUCUUUUCCCAUUUCCCCUCUGUAUUUAUAAUUUCAAAACACACUUGGUUGCAGUCACCUUUCUCUGCAAAAGAAAACAGUUGAUCAUUUUUAAUCUGACUGCCAUAUUGUUUGAAUCCACUGUUAAAAAGAAACAGGAGCAUUAAUUAACAUUCAAGAAUAAGAAAUAUUUCUUGUUGUGAAAAAUGUGAGUUCUUGAGAACCUUUUCUACAUACAGUUUUCAUUCAAGUUAAAUGUCAUUUUUAAUCUGAUCCAUACUUUGACAAAGAUGAUGUGUAAGAGCUGUUUUUAGCAGUUGGAUUGUUACUUUGUAAAGUAUUAAAGCACUAAACCAAUUUUUGCAAUAGAUAGUAAAACUUGCUUUUGUUUUGAAAAACUUCCAGUUAUAACUGUUGCACUUUUUAUAGCAGAACUGUAUUUAAUUUCUUUCUUUUAUGAAAGAUUACUCAAAGUAACUGAUAGCUCUGUAAUCUGUGUGAAUUGGCUUCUCCAUUAUUUGAAUCUGAGAGAAGCUAUGAUGGCUAUUCAAUAAAAUUAACUUAUUUCU